UCACUGUCCGCCAUUGCGUCGUCUUGACACCUACCGUUGCCUCCAUUUUGCUCUCGUGUGUGUGUGUGCGUGCGCAGUGUCGGUGUCUACUGGAAGAAAACAGGAGCGAGACCCGCCGCACCGACUACAGACUGCUACAGACAUGGACGGCAUCAGUGACGUUGCAGUUGGAGUAAAGAGAGGAUCAGAUGAGCUGAGUAUGUACAACAGUCCCAACUCUGGCAUGAGCAGUAUCAGCGAUGUGGCUUCCAAUGGCAGUGACAGUAAAAAGCUGAGGGUGGAGGAGGCGCCACCGUCUCGUGUGCUUCACAUCAGGAAACUGCCCAAUGAGGCCUCAGAGACAGAAGUCAUCGCCCUCGGCUUGCCUUUCGGCAAAGUCACCAACAUCCUCACACUGAAGGGAAAGAACCAGGCGUUCUUGGAGAUGGGGACAGAAGAGGCAGCAAUCACUAUGGUCAACUACUACAAUACUGUAACUCCUCAUAUCCGCAAUAUCCCUGUCUUUAUUCAGUACUCCAAUCACAAAGAACUCAAAACUGAUGCUGGCAAUCAGCGGACCCAGGCGGUGCUUCAGGCGGUGUCUGCAGUCCAGUCCGGCGGUUCACCCAGCUCAGAUGUACAGGAGGCUCUGGCUGCAGCUUCCAGUCCUGUGCUGCGGAUCAUCAUCGACAACAUGUUCUACCCUGUAACACUGGACGUACUGCAACAGAUUUUCUCAAAGUUUGGCACGGUCAUGAAGAUAAUCACAUUCACCAAGAACAAUCAGUUCCAAGCGCUCCUGCAGUUCAGUGAUCCUGUCAAUGCACAGCAGGCCAAAUUGGCACUGGAUGGCCAAAACAUCUACAAUUCAUGUUGCACGCUGCGUAUCGACUUCUCCAAGCUCGUCAAUCUAAACGUGAAGUACAACAACGAUAAGAGCCGCGAUUACACGCGACCCGAGCUGCCUGCUGGAGACGGCCAGCCCAGCCUGGACCCCUCGGUGGCCGCCGCCUUCAGCAAAGACUCCAACUCCCUCCUCGGUAAGAUCCCAGGAGCUCUGAACCCUCUGAGCGCAGCAGCUGCGGCUGCUGCUGCUGCAGGGAGGGUGGCCCUGGCUGGGCAGGCGGGCUCCAGCGGGGUCCUGCUGGUCAGCAACCUCAACGAGGAGAUGGUUACGCCCCAAAGUCUGUUUACCCUCUUCGGAGUGUAUGGUGAUGUCCAGAGGGUGAAAAUUCUUUACAAUAAGAAGGACAGCGCUCUAAUACAGAUGUCAGACGCCAACCAGGCCCAGCUAGCAAUGAGCCACUUGAACGGCCAAAAGAUGUACGGGAAGAUCAUCCGGGUGACGCUGUCCAAGCACCAGACUGUAGCGCUGCCCCGUGACGGCCUGGACGACCAGGGCCUGACCAAGGACUACGCCAACUCCCCGCUCCAUCGCUUCAAGAAACCUGGUUCCAAGAACUUCCAGAACAUCUUCCCACCAUCCGCCACCCUCCACCUCUCCAACAUCCCACAAGAUGUGACAGAAGAUGACCUCCGGCUUCUCUUCUCCAACGCUGGAGGCACUGUGAAAGCAUUCAAGUUUUUCCAGGAUCGCAAAAUGGCUCUGAUCCAGAUGUCAACAGUGGAGGAGGCCAUCCAGGCCCUGAUCGACCUCCACAACUACAACAUGGGCGGCAACCAGCACCUGAGAGUCUCUUUCUCCAAGUCCACCAUCUAGCUAGUCUCAACCCACGGCGACAGUGUGGGGGAGGGGGACCACGUCGAGUGAAUCACUUCUGUUGUUGGGGGGGUUUUGUUGAUCCUGUCAUUCCUUGAGAGAGACUGAAAAUUUUUUGACUUGCAUCCUUUUUUUAAAAAGAGAAUAAUAAGAGUUUGUUGCAGACCCUGGGGGACCUCCCAGCUCUUCUUAACUGUAACUCUGUAUUUUUAUGUCAAGCAAAAACAUUGACAUGAUUGAUUGUUUCCCUGUAAGAUAGUUUGAUGUAGAUCACUGUUUAAUUCUUUCUUUAGUUGAGAAGAUACAGUACUUAUGUGCCUUACUUGACAGUAUCAACUGUUUCUACAGCUGGACAUGUUCAUUAAUUACCCUCCUAUGCUUUCGGGGCACAUUGGUAUUGGAUAUUUUUGGAGGUUUAGAGAGAAUAAAAAGCUGUUUUUUCAUCCUCCAUUAGAGUAUUUGAAGCUCUGCCACCAACCAGGUAUAGCUUCUUUGUUUUUUCCCUUUUUAUUUCUGACACAGGAACAAAUAUUCCUGAAGUUUUACUGCAACUUCACUUGAAUUCCAUUUGAGUCUGAGAUUGUUUUUUCCCCCCCAGUUUUGAAUCGACGCGUCACAUAUCACAACACGGCUCGUGGCUAAAGUAUUUCUUUCUUUAUCUGUAUUUUUGAAGCUUUCCAUGCUUUUUUUUUUCUCCAUAGCAGUAUGGUGUAAUUGUCAGUGACGACGGUUUUCUAAGCAUGUCUAGUUAUGGUAGGAUCUCCACAUCGGAAAAAAAAGUGUUGCAUGCUUUUGGAAGCAGUUUAGAAGAUGAGUCCACUGUGAUUUCAUUGUCAUGUGACAGUUUACUCGAGAGGGCUACACAGUCGGACCAAAGUUUCUGUGCCUUUAGCGUUCCUUUAAAUUAUCUGAACAAAAAAAGCAUUUGAACACACUGAUGCCCAGAAUUUUAAGUGGUGUUAUUUCCUGAUAUUUUUCUUUUUUUUUUUAACUACCCAACAGGUCUCAGAAAUAAUAGUUAUGUGUAUUUUUUUUUUCCUUUCUUUCCAGUCCAAUUUUAUACAGCUCAAAAAUGUAAGUAAGGAUUUGGUUUAGUUUCUGAAGAGGCACAAUUAAAAGAUGAAUUAUUUUCUACAACAAGGGGAGGUGCGCCUUGGUUUCCUGCUUUUUUUGAGUUUUUCCCUCUCAUGGUCUCACCUGUAUUCUGCAUUACGUCUGUAGCAUGCUUAAUAAAACUAUUCUGUAGCUCUGCA